CCAAAGAAAAUACGAAUUUAAAGUUUACAAACUUAAAAAAUGCGAUCAGGUCGCUCCAGGGGUUCGAAUCCAAUCUAUGUAUUUUCCUGAAAGACUCUCUGAAAAUAUUUUAUCCACUUUCAAUAAACGGUAUCGACUCGACCGUUUUUCUGAACCGAUUCACUCUCUCUUAAACGAGUACAAACGAGGAGUCAACUCUUCUAUCCGGAGUCGGUUCCCUAUCUCGUUUUCUCGGCGAUACCCCUGCAGCAGUCAGUACCAGUGGAGCCACGGGGAGCUUUUAGCAUCACACACGCACCACGAUGGAGGAAGCCAUCAGCACGGCACCACAGAGGAAGCUGUGGAGGAGGAGGAGCAGCACGGCGUCGUUUGCGGCGGGUGUGCUUCUGCUGCUGCUGGGCCGCGUGGCGGGGGUGAGCGCGGAGGACGGCGCGAUGGAGAUGGAGGAGCCGCUGGCCACGGAGAAGGAGGCGGAGGAGAGCCACCGCCAGGACAGCGUUAAUUUACUCACAUUUAUCCUGCUGCUAACGCUUACCAUUCUGACUAUAUGGCUCUUCAAACACAGGCGAGUGCGUUUCCUGCACGAAACCGGCCUGGCAAUGAUUUACGGUUUGCUGGUGGGCGUGAUCCUGCGAUACGGAAUUCCCUCCACCAGCUACCACCAUCAGACUCCGCCCAGCUGCUCCCUGAAGGAGGGGCCAGUCAGCACGCUGCUGCUCAACAUCAGCGGCAAGUUCUUCGAGUACACGCUGAAGGGUGAGAUCAACUCCCGCGAGAUCCACAACGUCGAGCAGAACGACAUGCUCCGCAAGGUGACCUUUGACCCUGAGGUGUUCUUCAACAUUCUGCUACCUCCGAUCAUAUUUCACGCAGGAUACAGUUUGAAGAAGAGACACUUCUUCAGAAACCUGGGCUCCAUCAUCACUUACGCUUUUCUGGGAACCGCAAUCUCCUGCUUUGUGAUUGGGAAUCUGAUGUAUGGUGUGGUAAAGUUGAUGCAGGUUGUUGGACAGCUUACUGACAAAUUCUACUACACUGACUGUCUCUUCUUUGGAGCAAUCAUCUCAGCUACUGACCCCGUCACUGUGCUGGCUAUCUUCAAUGAGCUCCAUGCUGAUGUGGAUCUUUACGCCCUGCUGUUUGGAGAGAGCGUCAUGAACGACGCCGUGGCCAUCGUUCUGUCAUCGUCUAUUGUGGCCUACCAGCCAAGCGGCGCCAACACCCACACCUUCGACGCCUCGGCUUUUUUUAAAUCUGUUGGCAUCUUCCUCGGUAUCUUCAGCGGAUCUUUCGCCAUGGGCGCGGUCACCGGUGUCCUCACCGCCCUCGUCACCAAGUUUACCAAGCUGCACUGUUUCCCUCUGCUGGAGACGGCGCUGUUCUUCCUCAUGUCCUGGAGCACCUUCCUGUUGGCCGAGGCGUGUGGCUUCACAGGUGUGGUCGCAGUGUUAUUCUGUGGGAUCACACAGGCUCAUUACACCUACAACAAUCUGUCCGAGGAGUCCACCAAACGCACCAAGCAGCUCUUUGAGGUUCUGCACUUUCUGGCUGAGAACUUUAUCUUCUCCUACAUGGGCCUGGCUCUGUUCACCUUCCAGAACCACGUCUUCAGCCCCAUCUUCAUCGUGGGAGCUUUCAUCGCCAUUUUUAUUGGGCGAGCCUCGAACAUCUACCCUCUGUCCUUCCUGCUGAACCUCGGACGCAGACACAAAAUCGGUGCCAACUUCCAGCACAUGAUGAUGUUCGCAGGACUGCGAGGAGCGAUGGCAUUUGCGCUGGCUAUCCGUGACACGGCGACGUACGCGAGGCAGACGAUGUUCACCACCACGCUCCUCAUCGUCUUCUUCACCGUGUGGGUAUUUGGGGGAGGGACCACACCCAUGCUGUCCUGGCUCCACAUCAGAGUUGGGGUGGAUCCCGAUCAAGAUCUUCAGCAAUGUGGAGAUAGCUUUCAGGUCCUUCAAGGGGAAGGAAGUCUGCAGGAGGGCCAGAGCAAGACCAAGCAGGAGAGCGCCUGGCUCUUCAGACUGUGGUACACUUUCGACCACAACUACCUGAAACCCAUCCUGACCCACAGUGGACCUCCUCUGACCACCACCUUACCGGCCUGCUGUGGACCCCUGGCACGCUGCCUCACCAGCCCUCAGGCCUACGAGAACCAUGAGCAGCUCCGGGAGACCGACUCAGACCUCAUCCUGACGGACGGAGACCUGUCGCUGACGUACGGAGACACGGCGAUCACGGUUAACGGCGCCUCGUCCACGUCCUCAACGUCGGGAACGAAGAGCGGCAAGCGCAACGGCAGCACGUCCGAGGAGGCGCUGGAGAGAGAGCUGGACUCGCGUGAGCAGGAGCUCCUGAGCCGGGGAACGAGGCUGGUCUUCCCCAUGGAGGAUCAUGCCUGAGACGCUUCCCCCGAGUCUCUUACUCGCUCUAUCUCCAUGCCUGGGGACACAUCAUUCCAUCCUGUCCUCCUGCGCUGCUUUAGAGUCCUCAGGCUCAGGAGAAAGAGAGAGAGUAAGAGGGAGAAGAUCUCGUGUGUUUACCGAACUGCAGAAGACACAGAACUUUGGCGAUACUGUGAUCCGACAUGUUUUUUCUUUGGUUUUUUUACGGAACGAUGCAAGUAACUUUGAGGAACUUCAGGAACGCUGGAGGAUUCAUUGCUUUUGAUUGGCUGUAGGGGGAAUUUUUUUUGUCAGCCAUCGCCCACACGAGCAGCUCUGAAUUAGGAAACCUAAGUAUAGACAUGAUGUCCUUCUGCCUCACAAGCCAAGUGUAGCUCUUUAGAUCUCCCCCACCCCCCCACCCACACACACACACACACACACACACACACAAAUAUCUUUAGAAUAAUUAAAAGUCUUUCUGCUUUCAUUUCACACCUCACUGCCCUUUAAGAUGUUCUAUAUCAUCUAUUUUGCAGCUCCACACCCUGAUGUUCCUCCACCCUCUGAUCUCAUGGUGAAGAUCAGGGGUGCCAAAAGUUUUGAGAAAAUAGUAUUUUGGUAAGAGCGUCGCGAGGUCCAUCAUGGCAUGAAUGGAGUGAAUGCUGACAUUCGCAACAGCGUUAACAACUAAACCAUCUAGCGAAUGAAACUGAAUAUUUAGUUCACCAUCAUGGUCUCCUCUACCACUAACCACUGCUCCCGCUAACUACCGCUAACUACCGCUAACUCGGGUUAGAUACACCUCUGUGACGAGUUGCAAUAAAUCAUGCGAAAUAAAAACGUUUUCGAAAAAUGA